AUGUUCCAUGUCCGGCGAGGAAAUUAUCAUUUGGUGAUUCAAAAGUUGCAUCAAAAGUAUGGCCCUGUGGUGCGAAUAGCGCCCAACAUCUUGGAUCUUGAUAUCCCUGAGUUGAUAAAGACCAUCUACAACACUAAAGAGAACUAUGUCAAGACGGAGUUUUACCACGGUAGCAGUGCUGUGAAUAACGGCAAGAUCAUCUACAAUCUAUUCAGCGAAUGCAAGCCAGAGGUACAUUCAGCGCAGAAAAGACCCGUCUCUAAGUACUUUUCUCUGAAUGGGAUUCUCACCCUCGAGCCCCAUAUCGACAACAUUAUUCAGUAUUUUUGUCAACGCUUAGACGAGAAAUUUGUGGAUGGGCCUAACUCUACUCAAAUAUGCGACCUAGGAGAAUGGAUAACUUACUGCGCCGAUGCCUCAUACCAUGACUCAGAGAAGCCGGACUUCUUAGAUAAAUUCAUCGAGGCAAAGGAAAAUUUCCCAGACGUUGUGGAUGAUACGCUGAUCAUUUCUUGGUUAAUGGUCAUUAUGAUUGCUGGAGCGGACACCACGGCCAUCACCCUCAAUGCGGCAUUAUACUACUCAUUAAAACAACCAAGUGUUUGGCAGCGGCUCAGGUCAGAAAUUCCCGUCCACGAUUCUAAUUCAUCCUCAACGACGUCCUACAAGGAUUCUAGGACGUUCCCAUACUUGAAUGCUGUUGUCCGCGAGGCUUUGAGAUGCCAUCCGGGCGUUGCCAUGAUUCUUGAACGAUACGUACCAAAUGGAGGUCUUAACCUCCCCGAUGGACGUCAUGUUCCGGCCAAUUGCGUAGUUGGAAUGAAUCCCUACGUUGUCGGGCGGAAUGAGUCAGUAUUUGGGGAGGAUGCUGAGACAUUCCGUCCUGAGCGAUGGCUUCGCGACGAGAAACGGGAGACUGAAGACGAAUUCCAGGAACGCCUUCGACUAAUGAACAAUACUGAUCUAGCAUUCGGAGGCGGGAGCCGUAUUUGUAUCGGCAAGCACCUGGGUCUUGUGGAGGUGUAUAAGGUUCUUGCAACCCUUAUUUCUCGCUAUGAUAUAAGUUUUGUCGAUCCGACUAAGGAAUGGUCGACCCACAAUAGCUUCUUCGUGCGACAGACUGGGAUCGAAGUGAAGCUAUCCCGUCGUACAUAG